CGCCACCGGUCCCAAUUUAGUCGCCAACUGGAAGUCAACCACUAUGGAAGUCAAUUUGCUCUACUUGGCCGCGGUGUUAUCACUCGUAGCCUAUCUCUACCGACUGAUAACGCAGAACCAGGAUUACUUUCACGAUAAGCCUAUUCCUUCGCUCCGGUCUCGACCCCUGCUGGGUUCGACCUGGUCGCUGCUGUUGAAGCAGGUUACGUUCUCGGAUUUCGUAAUCUACGUCUACAACAAAUUUCCCGGAGUCAAAGUCCUCGGCAUGUUCGAAAUCCUAACGCCCUUCUUCGUGAUCCGCGAUCCGGAGCUGAUCAAGCAGAUCGCAGUCAAGGACUUCGAUCACUUUCUAGAUCACCGGCCGUUUUUUGGGGAAUCCGAUGACACCGAGGAGCAUCCGUAUGCGUUAAUCAAGCGCAUUCUAUUCACGUUAAACGGUCAGCGUUGGAGGAACAUGCGGGCGACGCUGAGUCCGGCUUUCACCGGUAGAAAAAUGCGGCAAAUGUUCACCCUAAUGGUGGACUGUAGCGAACGAAUGUUGCAACACUACGAAACGUUGAUGAGCGGAACGGGUCGUCGGAUGGAGGUUGAAGUGAAGGAUAUGCUGAGUCGUUACGGGAUCAAUGUGAUCGCUUCGUGUGCCUUCGGAAUCGAGGUGGAUUGCUUCAAGGAUGCAGAUCAUGAAUUCAUGUACCACGGGCAGAGGAUGUUGCAAAUGGGAAAUCCUAUCGUCAUAGCGAAGAUGAUCUUCAUGCGGGUGUUUCCGAGUGUGGCGAAGCGCUUGGGAAUGGAUGUGAUGAACCGGGAGCAGGCCGUGUACUUCUCCAAUCUGAUCAAGGACACGAUACGGACUCGCGAGAGUAAGGGAAUUGUACGUCACGAUAUGAUCGAUCUGUUGCUGCAAGCUCGGAAGGGAACGUUGAAGUACGAGGAGGAACGAGAGGAAGCUGCGGAAGGGUUUGCUACGGUACAGGAGUCGGAAGUGGGGAAGGUGCAGGUGACGAAGGCGAUAUCGGAAACAGACAUGAUCGCGCAGUGUUUGAUCUUCUUCAUUGCCGGGUUUGAAGCCGUGUCGACCUCAUCGAUGUUCAUCAUUUACGAAUUGAUUCUGAAUCCGGAUAUCCAGCAGAAGUUGUACGAAGAAGUCAGAAGGACUUGCGAGGAGCUAAACGGAAAGCCUCUGACUUACGAAGCUUUGCAAGGGAUGAAGUACAUGGACAUGGUCGUAUCGGAAAUGCUGCGAAAGUGGCCGUUGUCACCGGUUUCGGAUCGUAUGUGCGUUCGCGACUACAACCUGGACGAUGGCCAAGGACUCAAGUUCACCAUCGACAAGGGAACAUGCGUGUGGUUUCCGAUCCACGGUCUGCACCAUGAUCCGCAGUACUUCCCGAACCCGAACCAGUUCGAUCCGGAGCGGUUCAAUGAGGAGAACAAGAUGAACAUCCAAACGGGGACGUACAUGCCGUUCGGAAUUGGACCGCGGAACUGCAUCGGAUCCAGAUUUGCACUGAUGGAACUGAAGGCAAUCAUGUACCAUUUGCUGCGGAAGUUUUCGUUCCACCGCAGCGAGAAAACGCAGAUCCCAAUGAAGCUCAGAAAGGGUAUGAACAAUGUCGGCACGGACGAGGGAAUGCACGUGGAGUUGCGGCUGCGGAAUGUAUAGACUGAUGUGGUA